AUGGCGACGGCGAUACAAGCUCUCAAGGGCGAUGCGCCGCAGCAGGCUCGGUCUUUGUACCGCCAGCUGUUGAAGACGGGCGAACAGUUUGCGACCUACAACUUCCGCGAGUACGCGAAGCGACGGACGAGGGAUGCUUUCAGAGAGCACCAGAAGGUCGAGGACCCGCGGCAGGUGCAGGAGUUGAUUCAAAAGGGGAUUAAGGAGCUUGAGAAGCUCAAGAGGCAAGCCGUUGUCAACCAGUUUUACAAGUUUGAUCGGUUAGUAGUCGAGGGCGGCGCCGCUGGCAAGCAAAAGGGCAACAAGGGCGAUAUUGUCAGACAAACGGAGCAUGGUUUCGACUAA